UAAUUUAGUGUACAUAAACAUAUUUUGAUCACAGAAAUGGGAGAGGAUGAAAUUGAUGGAGGCCGCCGAAUUUCCCGCGGGAACCAUUUUUCAUUAUUGUUUAUCAUCCCCCCGCCGAACGCCACCGUCUUCUUUCUUUCCCAGCCGAUUCACUUUUGCAAAUCCCAUUUUGCCGAUCAUAUAAUUUUCUUAAAAAAUAUCGGUUCCCAUGGCUGCUACUCAAGCAAGAACCGAAACAGAUGCUCUUCUUCCUUCUACACCUAAGUCGCCAACGAAUGUUUCAGAAAUUAAAACGGUGGACGUGAGGAAUGUCUCGCUGUCUGUCACCGAGAAGGAUAUAUGGGAAUUCUUCUCUUUUUCAGGAAAUAUCCACUAUAUUGAUAUGAAAAGUGAAAGUGAAACCACGAAACACGCGUUUGUCACCUUUAAGGAAGCACAGGGAGCAAAUACAGCAGUUCUUUUGACAGGAGCCACAAUUGGGGAUAAACCGGUUACAGUAAGCCAUGUUGAGAAUUACCAACUGCCUGCUGGAGCUCCUCCUUUAUCACCGAGAGGGGCACAAGGUUCAAAUGCAGUUGCACAAAAGGCUGAGGAAGUGGUGAGCACGAUGCUUGCAAAGGGUUUUGUUCUGGGAAAAGAUGCACUAACAAAGGCUAAGUCGUUCGAUGAGAGACACCAGUUAACGUCUAAUGCAUCGGCUACCGUCGCUUCAAUUGAUCGUAAGAUGGGUUUGACCCAUAAGUUAAGCAUGGGGACCGCUGCCAUGAAUGAAAGGAUGAAAGAAGUGAAUGAACGUUAUCAAGUGUCGGAAACAACAAAAUCCGCCAUUGCUGUAGCUGAACAGAAGGCGAACACUGCUGGUUCGGCUCUCAUGAGCAACAAGUUUGUGUCCAGUGGAGCCGUGUGGGUUGCCGGUGCUUUUGCUGCGGUUGCAAAGGCGGCUGAAGGCGUGGGGUCCAAGACUAAGGAGAAGGUUAGCAAAGCUGAAGAGGAAAAAGAGAGGUCCAAAACUACAGAGAAUGAAGUAAAUGAGGGGUCAAAGACUAAAGAGAAUGUUAAAAAAUCCGAGGAGAAAAAAGAGGGGUCAAAGACUACCGAAAGUGUUGACAAAUCUGAGGGGUCAAAGACUAUAGAAAGUGUUGACAAAUCCGAAGCAAAAGAGGGGUCAAAGACUACAGAGAAGGUUCAAAAAGCUGAGGUCUCUUCAAACAAAGACACUACCGUGACCCCUGUCAAACCAUCCAACGAUAACAACUACAUUCCAAUGCAUUGAAGGUCCAUUUUAAUAUUUUAUUGGAUGCUAUAAAGAAUCUGGUCAUACUGAACUUAGAAUAUAGAACAGAAUGUACGUUUUGGAACCUUGUUCCGCUUAUUUUAUAACUAUCAUCUUUUUGCUAGUUUAAAA